CCGCGCAUGCGCGGAAGAGCUGCCGGCUCUGUAGGAAGCAGGAGAGGCGCCAUUUUCCCCUGAGCGCCGCCUGAGCAGGAAGGCAGGCAGGCAGCCGUGUCAAUCAUGGAGAACUAUCAGAAAUCCAAGACGGUGGAGAAGCCUUCUCCUCUUCCUUUCGCCAACUUGCCCCCUGAUAUCAUUGAGAUGAAAGUGAAGGAUGGCAGCAAAAUCCGGAACCUGAUGGGUUACGCCAUCGGCAAGAUGGAGUCCGAGGCCAUGAGGCAGGUCCUCUUCAGCGGGGUGGGCAAAGCAAUCAGCAAGACGAUCACCUGCGUGGAGAUCAUGAAGCGGAGGAUGAAGCACCUCCACCAGAUCACCAAAGUGUUCUUCAAGCAAAUAGAGGAGAUCUGGGAACCCAUCGUUCCGGAGGUUGGCCUCGACCCUUUGACGGUGAAGCGGAACAUCCCUGCCAUUUGUGUCCUGCUAAGCAAAGACCCCCUGGACACUCAGGCACCGGGGUAUCAAGCCCCGGGGUCCUUCGAUGCCUUCUGGUUGGAGAAGCUCAAGUCGGAAUCUCAAGGCCAGGCCAAGAGGAAGCAGGGAGGGGGAGGGGGAGGAGGGAGAGGGGCUGGCCGGACUGGGAAGCAUCCUCGUUCCCUCGGGCGGGAGGACUCCUACAAGAAACCUUGAGGAAGCUGAGCUUCAGAGUGCCAGGAAUUGUCUCCAGAACCAAGGAAAACCAGAUAGCUUUCACCUUAACGUUGGAAACAGUGGGAGUGGGAAGUUACAUCGAGGGAGGGGGGGAAAGGACAGGUGUGUCUGUUUGAAUGCAAAUACCAAGUCAUAUUGGAUGAAUUGAACAUGAAGGUGUUCUAGCUUUGAGCCUUUCCCUUACAGAGAGUUUUCAGUUUACGUUUAGAAGCAGUGAGAGAUGGAAGAUAUAUUGGAUAGAAGGGUCUGUCUGAAUGUAAACACUAAGUUGUAUUGGAUGGAUUGAAGUGGAAGGCCUCCUAGCUUUGGGUCUUCCCCUUAUGGGGAAGCCUUCUAUGUAUUACAUGGAAGUCUGUUCAGGAAAGGGAUGCUUGGAAUAGUUGUGGAAAGGAAAUGCAGGCUCUCCCUCAGUGGGAAGAUGCCCCUCUUUGGUACAAGGAUGGCUGAUAGAGUCAGUUUUUCCCCUCCUGUCAUCUGGUUGUUUUCUUGCCGUUGCAAGAGUCUUGCACUUUGCAAUUUGGUCAGAUUCCCAUAUUAUGGGACAAUUUACUGGACACCCACUCCCAAAUCAUGAAUUGUUUUGCUGUUACUAUGAAACUUUUGCUAACUCCUUACAGCUUCUGGGAAGCUCAGUACUUGAAAUAAGAAACAAACCUUCCUGGUAUGUUUAAGAAAGGAGAAUCACACCUUGAUUUAGCAUUAAGGUGGGGAGGUGCUUGUCAGUUGUGCUGGGUUUUACUUGUGUGGUUGUGUCAAGUAUCUGUCUUUUGCCAUAUUAAAAAGACUCUUCUAUCUUAGAAUCUUGUAAGAACUAUUGAUUAUGGGAUUUGAAAUUAUUUAUUUAUUUACUAUACUUGUAUACCACUCCUCUCAGCCCGGAGGCGACUCGAGGCGGUUUACAUUUGGCAAUCAAUGCCCCACAAGAUAAAAUACAGUCAAAAACAAUUACAUAAUAAUAAUAAUAAUCCUUUAUUUAUAACCCGCUACCAUCUCCCGAAGGGCUCGGUGCGGCGUACAAGAGGCCGAGACCCAAUACAUCAAUAAACAACAACAACAAUACAUCAAUAAAUAACUCAAGCAAUAGACAUUGACAAUGACAACACGACGCAAUUAAAAUCUCUACGUGGGGUUGCCUUU